AUGGCGGACUCACAAAGUCCUGAGGCUCGUGAGUUGAGUCUGAUAGGGAAGGUGGAAUUCAGAAUUGCCAUGGCAGAUACAGAUGAGAAAUUGCAGUCAUUACUUGGAACAUAUCUGGCUCCUCUGCUACUGAAGCUUGGCUCUGACAGCGUGGAGGUGCGGAACAAGAUCAUCUCGGUCUGCCAGCAUGUCAAUACCCGAGUCAAGGCCCCCUCUAUUCAGCUGCCCGUGGCAGCGUUGUUGAAGCAGUUCAAGGAACAGAAGUCGCAAUUGAUUAGGCACUUUGAUCUCAUUUAUGCCCAACAAGGUAUUGAUCGCCUUGGUUCCGAAGCCAGAGUCGAUAUUCUAUUACCCUUGCUCCAGGGUAUCUCCAAGAUCGGAACGUCUCCCACUCAGGGUGCUAUUGUGUUCAACUUGGUUUUGCGUCUCCUGCCACUCCUUAAACUUCCAGUGAGGGGUAGCGAGGAAGAUAAACGUUUGAAAGAUCGACUAGGUCUCUCAGACGAUGACUCUGAAUUCUUGUCCUUUUGGCUGGCCAAAUUGCUUCUUCUGACACCUGGCCCCAAGGAAACUACAACAUGUCCCGGUCUGUCUCCAGACGAGUAUACAUUUUUGAAUAAAGGUGUCCCUGCAAAUGAGACAUGGAAUCCCUCUACAGAUGGUGGUUUGAACUUGACCGAGACCAAGGUCACCGCUCUUCGAUUCAUCGGAAGUGGUGCUUUCCAGGAUUCCCAACGAUUCCUACCUUCACUGAUUGCUUCUGCCGAUGCAAACUCCCGCCUUGCUGAUCUGGGCGAUGAGACCCUCAAGCGAUUCACUGCAGAUAUUGAGAACCCCCACGUCGUGCAGCAGUUGUAUGAUUUGUACUUCGGCACUUCCUCCCCUGGUGGUGCUCCUCCCGCGCGACCUCCACUUCAAGUGAAGCUUCUCGUAUUCUUGGGCAAAUCUAUCAAGGCCACUGCUGAUCCGCAGCGAAUUAUGAGGCUCAUUGAAGAUGGUCUUCUAUCUGACUCUGCUAGAUCCUCUCAGGGGCUGCAAGCAUCGAAGCUACGAACUCAAAUCUUCACUUUCACCACGUGGGUGGUCCGCAUGGGCGCACCCUCUGAUCUCAAGCAAAUCGCACCCAAACUCAUCGCAGGGUUGAGGGAUUUCAUUCAGUCUCAAGGAUGGCCCAGCCCGGCAGCCAGUGGGCAGAAACUACCCACCACGGAUCUCAGUUUGCGCGGUCUCGCCUAUGAGAGUAUUGGUAUCAUGGUACCCAAGGUCGACUUUAUGUCACAAGCUGAUGACGUGGAGAACUUUGAAUUUGACUUGGUUCGGUGGCUCUUUGCUUCCUUAAGUGCGGAUGACUCAAGUUCUCAAAUCUUCGUCAGCAUCGAUCAGGCGCUAGGAAGUAUUCUCAAUUCUUCAUUAGACAGUCACGAUAAAAUCUUCCAGGAUCAGCUCCGGCCAUUCUUGGUCCGUCAGAUGAGCAUGCAGCCGGGGGAUAUUGACCCUGAUACUGGUUACCGUGCUGUUCGAGGCGUCCAGUAUGCUGCAGUGCGAUUUGCAAACCGCUUCCUGCCAUUUGGAGAUGUGGUUGCCCGUUGGAUCGACCUGAUGGCGAUUGCAAAAGGCCCAGAGAGACAACAAGAAAUUGUCGAAGAGGGAAAGAAAGGCCUCCAUCCUUACUGGUACCGAUUGCUCAAUCCCGCCAAGGAUGGCAAAUGGUCCGCCUCGUCGGCAGCUCCAGUCCAGGAUGAAUCCUGGUUCAACUUCCCAAAAUUCGAUGAGGCUACUCGUUUCCUGCUUGGUUCAGGAGGACAAGAAGACCACAUGAAUGUUCAGGCUUUAUCUGCAUCGCAGCUCCUGUCUGGUCCUUACAAAGGUUCAUUUGUGCCGGCUAUUUCAUUCCUUCGAAAUACCUUGCUUUGGGAGGCAUUCUCAGCCUCCGGGGUGACUGUUGACCUAGAGCAAGAUUGGGACUAUAAACUAGAAGUCCUCCUCUCUACCAGCGUGGAGGCCCGUUCGGCUGUUAGACAGUACAUCCGCGAGUCGGCAAAGGAAUCCGUCUUGUCCUUUUUGUCAGGCACCCUCGAAGGUCUUGUAACUGGCGACCGUGAAAGCUUGCGGCAAUGUGGUGUUCACUUUGUGGAAAUCUGCUCGCUAGCGCCCAAUGACGUUGUUGAACACUUGCUCUCGCGUGCGAAAUCCUUGAUGGAGCCUAUUUGCAGCAACAAUCAAGACAACCAGGGCAUUACAGCACGAGCAUUUGGAAUCCUGGUUUCGCAUCCUGCUUUCCCAGAAGAGCAAUUGAAAAGUUUCAUUGCCCAACUAUCUGGGACUAUUCAAUCGUGGAAUACAGCUGUUGGCGAGGAGGUCAUGCGCGUCCGCGGGGCUAUUUUAGCGCUUUCAUACCUCCUGAGUCGACUUGCGUAUCGUGGACUCGUGAACCGAACCCCAGAAGCACAAGUCAAGCAAUUUAUUGAAACCGUGUUCGAUAUUCUAGAUGUUUCUAGGGAUAAGCUCCUCCAAAGAACUGCACAAGAGGCUAUUGGACAACUGAGUCUAUCUGGGGUACUAUCUCUUGAUAUUAUCUCGGAAGAAGGCUGGAAGAAGAUACAGGAAAAGCUCUCGCGCGAUGCUAAGACUGAGAAUCAAAUCCCGAUCAGCUCGCUGGGGCUGUUGACGUUAACCUUCUCCCGAUCUGGUUCUCACAAAACCUUGUUUGGUGAUUUCCUGGCCUCACUGUACAGUCUACAUGAAAUCCGCAGUCCCGAAGUUCAGUUCACUGUUGGCGAGGCCUUGAGCAAUGUCGCUGUGGGAUGGGAUUCUCGGGCUCUUAUUCAAGAUUUCGACAUCGAUGCUGAAUUCCCCCGUUCAGAUGUCCCGCGCUCAGUAUUUGCAGAUAUCUGUGACAAAAUUAUUGCCGAUUGCAUUGCCCCUAAACCAUCUCUACGGAAGGCAUCUGCGAUAUGGCUAUUGUCGUUAGUGAAGAACUGCGGUCACAUGCAGGAGAUGCAGGAGCGCCUACGUAAAUGCCAAGCUACUUUCAGCAGCCUCCUUGGAAACCGGGAUGAGGUGGUGCAGGAGACUGGAGCGCACGGACUCAGCCUUGUCUAUGAGAUCGGCGACCAAUCCUUGAAGGACGAUUUGGUCCAAGACUUGGUUGAGUCUUUCACCUCGACUGGUUCAAAUCUCGGAGGUGGCAAGAUAGACGCUGACACUCAGCUCUUUGAGCCGGGUGCCCUCCCUACUGGUGAAGGGUCAUCUGUCAACACCUAUAAGGACAUCAUGAACCUGGCCGCCGAGGCCGGUGACCCGACUCUUGUUUACCGGUUCAUGUCACUUGCUUCAAACAAUGCCAUUUGGACAAACAGAGCGGCAUUUGGUCGCUUUGGAAUCAGCAGCAUCUUCUCUGAUUCUAGUGUCGAUGGGUACCUGGCGAAGAAUCCUAAGAUCUACCCCAAGCUUUUCCGUUACCGAUUUGAUCCGAACCCGAACGUGCAACGAUCCAUGAACACAAUCUGGCAGGCACUAGUCAAGGAUCCUACAGUUGUCAUCGAUACCCACUUUGAUGAUAUCAUGCAGGACCUUCUCAAGAGCAUUCUUGCUGGCCGCGAAUGGCGUAUGCGGCAGGCAAGUUGUGCUGCUGUGGCUGAUUUGAUUCAAGGCCGUCGACCAGAGAAAUUCACUCAGUACAUCGAUGAGAUCUACAGCAAAGCUUUCAAAUUGCUGGAUGAUAUUAAGGAGUCAGUUCGUACCGCUGCUCUGAAGCUCUGUCAAACCAUUACCAAUGCAGUUAUCCGCACACUUGAGACGAGUGGCACGGAGAAGCGCGCAGGUACUCUCCUCAAAAGUGCCAUUCCGUUCCUUCUCAGCGACAAGGGAUUAGAUUCCAGCGUGGAAGAAGUGCAAGGGUAUGCUAUUGGUGCUCUUAUUUCGAUGAUCAAGAAGAGUCCUGGCAGCUUGCUACGUCCUCAUGUUCCCAACAUGCUGGAGAAGUUCCUCAGUGCUCUUAGCUCUUUGGAGCCACAGGCUGUUAACUAUGUCCACCUCAAUGCCGACAAAUACGGUCUGACUGGCCAAGAGAUUGACAAAAUGCGCCUGUCCAGCAUCCGUACAUCUCCCAUGAUGGAGGUCAUUGAGCGAUAUUUGAUUGACAACUUGGACGACAGCAACAUUGAGGAGCUAGCACAAAGACUCGAAGAUGUGCUACGGUCGGCCGUGGGCCUGCCUUCCAAAGUAGGCUGCAGCCGGGUUUUGGUACUGCUUAGUAUGAAAACCUUGCUCUUCCGCCCGUACGCAGACCGAUUCAUCCAAAUCCUCACCAAGUAUGUGGUGGAUCGAAAUGACACAGUCAGUGCCUCCUAUUGUUCUUCCAUGGGCUAUCUGCUGCGGCUUGCCUCGGACGAUCGGGUUCUCAAAACCAUCGACUUUGCCAAAAAUCUCUACUUAACGGCCGAGGACGCCACACCGAGGGUCAUCUCGGGCGAGAUCCUGUACUCGGCAUCUAAAUUAUCGAACGACCGCUUCAUGGCGUUUGCGGCGAGCGCCUUGCCGUUUGUGUUUGUGUGUAAACACGAUGGUGACGAGCAUGUGAAAGAGCAGUUCGAAAAGACGUGGCAAGAUAACGUCGGUGGUUCGCGUGCUGUGACGCUCUACAUUCGCGAGAUAGUGGGCCUCGUUUCGGAUAAUUUGGAUUCUCCCCGGUGGGCUAUCAAGCAUACGGCCGCACGGGCAAUUGCGCAAGCAGUCUUAUCGCUCGACACCGAAAUUGACCUGCCGACGGCUCAAUUGGUGUGGCCAGUGCUAGAGCGCGGACUGGCGGGGAAGACGUGGGAAGGCAAAGAAGUGGUGCUUAAGGCACUAGUGAAAUUUAGUAGCCAAGCUCAGAAGUUGUGGCAAGCCAAUGCCGAGUUGAGUAACUUGAUGAAGACAAUUACGGUUCGUGAAGCGAAACGAGCUAACGCCCUUUACCGGCCGCAUGGACUGCGAGCAAUGGGCGAGAUCGCACAGGCACGCAAGGACCUUAACUUCAUGCCAGAUGCAUUGAAGGUUAUUCCCAAUGUGGUGGAGGAAACGGUGGACCAAGAUCCAGACCAGAUGGAGAUUGACUCUAGGAAUGGGGGCUCGACCCAGGAUGACACCCUUACCGCAUGUGUCCAAUGCCUCCUGCAAUGUUUCAACCCCACCGCCAGUUCAGGCGAAGUGCUGGGAAACUACGUGGAACAGAUGACCGAUCCGUUGGCUCAGGUGCUGCAACACGGUGGACGACAGGUCGUCAGCACGGGCUACGAGGAGCUCCGGGCGUUCUUUACGCGAGUGGAUCAGUGGAUCGGUUCACCGGAUGGCUCCGGUGAACAAGUCAGAGGGCCCCUGACUGCUCUCGCGAACAAGAUUCUCACGGGGGAGGUGGACGGAUCUGUCGAGGCCAUCCGCAAGGGUCGUGCAGAGUCCAUUCUGGCGUACCUGAAACUGUGUGCCCAAACGGGUGUGCCUGAUGGACUUAUUGUCAGUCUACGAAAGUGGAGAGCCAGUGAGCGAUCCGGACCGAUACAGCAUCUCCUCGAUGAGGCCCUGGCGCUUCUGAAUUAA